CUACGUUGUUGACCCAUACCCACGUUCGCCCCGUGAUAGGCCAAUAUAUUCCCGACUCUCCUGUUCUCUCCUCAAAGACUUCAGCUUCCAUUUUCGCCACCACUCACGCUCACGCUGAAGGCUCUCUCACAUCUUCGUCCACUUCACUCACCAAUCAUGCCUCGAAAACCCACCCUUGUGCUCGUGCCUGGAGCAUGGCAUGGCCCCGACACUUGGGGAAAAGUCGUGUCAGCAAUGGAGGCCGAGCACUACAAAUGUGUCCCCGUGGCUCUCCCUACCACCUUAGGAGACGUCUCAGCAAACUUCUCGGACGACGUCAGGGCUGUUCGAGAUGCCAUUGUCGCGGAAACUACACAAGGGCGAAACGUUGUCGUCGUGGUGCACUCCUACGGUGGCGCUGUCGGCAGCAGCGCAAUAAAAGGCUUGACACCGCAACAGCCCUCGUCCCAGAACGAAAACUCCGGCCAUGUCGUUGGAUUCUUCAUGGUCGCCACUGGAUUCAUGGUCUCCGGAGUGACCUUCUUGGAUGGCCUUGGCGGUAAUCCACCACCAACCUGGGAGUGCGAUUGGGAGCAGGGCAUCGCCACCAUAAAGGUCAACCCGAAGGAGCUGUUCUAUCACGAUCUCCCAUCAGAAGAAGGAGGCUACUGGGUCGGACGACUGCAGAAACAAGCCCUAAAGGCUUUCACGACCGGCGCGGCAGAUGGCUAUGCAGGCUGGAAGGAGGUUCCGGUCUGGUAUCUCGCCACGACGGAGGACAAGGCUCUGCCAAUUGAGGCGCAGAGAGCUUUUGUUCAGGGUGCGCAGGCUGAGGGAGGUAAUGUGACAUUGCGAGAGAUCGCGAGUAGCCAUUCACCAAUGCUGAGCAAGCCGGAGGAAACAGCCAAGGUCUUGCUCGAGGCACUUGAGGCAUUUGCCUGAGAUGGGCAGCACGAUGGCAAUCAUAUGGAGGACAUGGCAAACUUCAGAUUAGACAGCUAGACGUCAAAUCUAUGUGAAGGCAAAUUGUACUCAACGUUCCUGUGCUUGCUCACAAAGAAUACCCGGGAGAAUGCGCAACGCCCGCCACCCUAGAGCUAGAAUGAAUCAAUUGGAAGCAUUGGCGCGUCAAAAACUGGCUGGCGG